UCUCAGGCUCCAGAGCAGCAGGUCUCCGGCGCCGACCCCGCCUCCCCCAGCUGCCGACUUGGGCGGGCAGCGGCUGGCGGCUGGGAGCCGAGGCGUCGGUGCAGAGCGGGAGACGGGCAUGGGGGGGCUGCGGCUGCUGGCGGUGGCCCUCACGUGCUGCUGGUGGCCGCAGGGCAGCCAGGGUAAGACCCUGCGGGGCAGCUUCAGCAGCACCGCUGCCCAGGACGCCCAGGGCCAGCGCAUCGGCCACUUCGAGUUCCAUGGUCACCAUGCUCUUCUGUGUGUCAGAAUCAACAACAUACCAGUAGCUGUUGGAAAAGAAGCUAAACUCUACCUGUUCCAAGCCCAGGAAUGGCUAAAGCUACAGCAAAGCAGUCAUGGUUAUAGCUGUAGUGAAAAAUUAUCCAAAGCUCAGUUGACAAUGACCAUGAACCAGACCGAACAUAAUCUGACAGUGUCCCAGAUUCCAUCUCCACAAACGUGGCAUGUGUUUUAUGCAGACAAGUAUACGUGCCAAGAUGACAAGGAGAAUUCUCAGGUGGAAGAUAUCCCAUUUGAAAUGGUGUUACUAAACCCAGAUGCCGAAGGGAAUCCAUUCGAUCAUUUUAGUGCUGGAGAAUCUGGGUUACAUGAGUUCUUUUUCCUCCUAGUCCUAGUGUACUUUGUGAUUGCUUGCAUUUAUGCUCAAUCAUUGUGGCAGGCUAUUAAGAAAGGAGGACCCAUGCACAUGAUUUUAAAGGUUCUGACAACUGCAUUGCUGUUACAAGCUGGUUCAGCUUUAGCUAAUUACAUUCAUUUCUCCAGUUACUCCAGAGAUGGAAUAGGGGUACCAUUUAUGGGAAGUUUGGCAGAAUUUUUUGACAUCGCUUCCCAAAUUCAGAUGUUAUACUUACUUUUGAGUCUAUGCAUGGGUUGGACAAUAGUCAGAAUGAAGAAGUCUCAAAGCAGACCUCUCCAGUGGGAUUCUACGCCUGCAUCCACUGGCAUUGCAGUAUUCAUUGUCAUGACACAGAGUGUUUUGCUACUUUGGGAACAGUUUGAAGAUGCCAGUCAUCAUAGCUACCAUUCACACCACAACUUAGCAGGGAUCCUCCUAAUCGUUCUAAGAAUUUGCCUAGCAUUGUCAUUAGGCUGUGGACUCUAUCAGAUCAUCACAGUGGAGAGAAGUACACUCAAAAGGGAGUUCUACAUCACAUUUGCCAAAGGCUGUAUCUUGUGGUUUUUAUGCCAUCCAGUUCUUGCAUGCGUUUCUGUCAUUUUUAGCGACUACCAAAGAGACAAGGUUAUUACAAUAGGUGUUAUCCUUUGCCAGUCUGUUUCCAUGGUUAUUCUCUACAGACUCUUUCUAUCUCACAGUCUAUAUUGGGAAGUUUCUUCACUUUCUUCAGUAACACUACCACUGACCAUACCAUCUGGACACAAAAGUCGCCCUCAUUUCUGAUGCUUGAUUUUUGUUGAGAGGAAAAGUGAAUUGGUUAAAAGAGUGCAAUAAGGAUCCAAAUACAGUGACUUUUUUUCAUACAUUUAGUAUGAAAGCUUGAACAGCGAAAGCAGAGCAGUUAUUUAUAUAACUGUAUUUAAGCAGUACCAAGACUGAAAAAAAAGGUAAUAAAUGAAAUGUUUUGAAAUAUACUUAAACAACAAACUUUGAAGAAAGUGUUGUUAUAAAAUGAUUGAAGCGAUUUCUAUAUGGAAAUAAAUGUGAAAAAUAACUAUGUGAUAUUUUGGUAAAAUAUUCACCAAUUAUAAUGCCUCAUCUUAAUAGCUAACUCAGGUUUAAUAGUCUUAUAAAAAGUAAUCAGUUAAAUGAUUACUUGCUUAUAAAUAUCUAAACUAGUCCAGUUAUGAAAUCAGUGUAAUACAUUGAUUUUAAAAACUGCUGCUUUUUAUGCUUUAAGGAAAAUGUAUUUCAUGUUUGAGUUUAAAGGAAUUGAAAUUAUUUCAGGAAAUGAAUAUAAAAUAUGUUCACAGUUAAAUGAAUAAGCUUUUGUUUAUUUGUGGAUGGAGUUAUUCUCCAGUUUUUUCUGCCAUUUUUGGCUCUAGUUCAGGUUUUAGCUUGAUUAGCAAAGGUUUUUGACAAACAGUUUAUGAAAAAAUAAAACUUAAAUACAUUACAUGGGUUGUAAGGACAAAGGAUUUUAAAAUCUGAACACUUAGGUGAAGGGACAAGCAGGUUUAUGUGUUUAAAAAGAAAGAAGGGAAAAUGUACUAUGUGAUAUGGUACUGAAAUUUUGAUCCCAAUAGAAUUCAUUUCUCUUACAUUGAAUCCCCAAUCAUAAUUAAGCCAUAUACACAGAUUAAAUUAACAGAAGCAUUUCACAAAAAUGUUGGUUUCAGUCAUCAACUACCCAUGAAUUCCUGCCCAAGGAUACUUAAUCAGGAUUAAAUUUUCUAUGAAUAAUUGAAAAACAAAACACUCACUGGAUUUGUUAUAAUCCGUGUUGGCACUGGAUUCUAAGUAGUUGCCAUCUUGAAUCCUUUGUAAUAAAGCCAUACUUUUGUGUGUGUGUGAUGCCCCAGUAUUGAGUAUGCUAGCUAAAAAAUAUCAAGUGCCUGAUUAAAGAAUUGCUAAAUGGUUGUCAAUACUCGCUGUAUAAAAUGAGUAUUCCCAUUAAUAGUCACUGAUUGGAAAUUAUUCUGUUGCUGUUUGUCAAGCUGUUCAGGCCUUUUCCUUUUUACUUCUGGCUUAUUUUAAAAAUAUUUUUUAUCUACUUACUGUGUGUUUAAGCAAGAAACAGUGCACUGAUCUGGUAGUUAAAUUUUUUAAUUAAAUAGUUAAAAUAAUGUAGUGCAACUUAAAAAUAUCUAUGGCUUUGUUUUUGUUUUUCUUUUGUACCUAGUCUCAUUGGAAAUGACUAGUAUUCUGCCUCAUUUUCAGGGCAGAAUAUGUGUUUGUGACCCAAAAUGACAAACUUACAAGGUUCAAUCUGCUCAUUAAAUCAUCUGUUAGUUCUUUGUAAAUCAUUUAGUACAUUAGAGCUACAGGUUAAGACUAGAAAGUCUGAGUUAUGUUUUAGGUAUACAUGAUCGUCUGAGUGGUCAUAACCUUUUCUUUUAUCAUGUCUCGCUAAUAACCCCAGCUAUUGUCUGUUGUGUUCAGCUGAGAUGCAAAAAAGAAAUUAAGCAAAAAAGAAAAAGGUGAAGACUUUUUGUAAAUUUUGUGAACUUGCCAAAAGGGGAAGGGAAAAAUCUUUGUGUUACUUCACUCAAAGAACAUAAGUAACUGCGAUUAACAUAUACGAAAUGUAUUACUCCGCUUGCAUUUAUGAAACUAACCAGUUUUUUAAACUUUAAUUCUUAAAUUUAUGGUUGAAAUUGCUGAUAAUUUAUUUUGUUAUUCAACAGCCAUUGUUAAGUGGCGGAAAGUAGUUGUUAAUAAAUGUAUAAAACUGUUCUUGACUAGUAAUCAGGGACAAAAUUUAUAGUUCAUAAGUCAUGACACAGUAUUCCCUCUUUUUCUGAAUGUUUACAUAGAGAUUCAUCACUGCAGAUUACAGAAAGUUAAGUGUAUAUUGCAAACUCUAAUUAAAGAUAAAAAUCUUUUCUA